UCAGUGACAGAGGCAGCAGUUCUGGAAAAGGCCUCCCCUCUUUCAGGCCACAAGCAGCUGCUACUCGUGAGUUUUAUCUCAGAAGCUUUUGCACUGUCCACCCAGGAGCAUCUCAACCAUGACCACUCUUCAGUUCCUCCUCUUGCUUCUGGCUCCAGAUCCUCUGAAGAGCUUUAACAUUGAUACCAGCUGGAGGUGGGUCUCACCACAAGUCUCCCCUUCCUUUGGACAUCAGGUUUUCCAACACACAGAUGGGCGACGGAACUGGAUUGUAGCUGCUUCCUUGGGGCCAGGCGACUUGGGCAAGGUAUAUAAAUGCAACCCGCAGGAUAACCAUUGCGAAGCAGUAAGCUUAGGCGAAAACAUUCGGAAACUGAAAAAGCUCCGGUCUGGUAUUGCUGUAGCCCAAAGCCCAGAACAUAUCCUGGCUUGUCUCCAGCACAGACGUCGUCAGCGGCGUCGAGUCACAGAGGAGCUGAACGGUCUUUGUGUGCUGCUUUCAGCUGACUUCCAGGAGAAGGCUUUUAUCAACCUCACAGACAUCAUCGAAACCAAGUUAUUAAGCCAGAGGAGCGAAGAGCGGGGGAAAAGGGACACCCACAGUCACAAAAUCGGCGGCGUUGACACCAACAAGUUUGGUUUGGCUGCUAGUACUGUAUGCAAAGAAAAAUAUUCUACAGAUGGGAGCUCUGAGUUUGGCUGCAAAAUUCUUGAAUCUAACAAGAACAACAACAGAAACAACGGAAACAACUACUACCUGGAGGAUGAGGAGGAGGAUGAAUCCUACCUGAGGACUGAAAUCGCCUUGGUCCUGGACGGCUCUGGGAGCAUCGACCCGCCGGACUUCGAGCGAGCCAGGAAUUUCACCUACAGCUUGGUGAAGACGUCCUACGAGAAGUGUUUGGAGUGCGUCUUCGCCUUGGUUCAGUAUGGAGACAUCAUCCAGACAGAAUUCGACCUGCAAGAGGAGAGGGGCAGCGCCGCCCUGGAAAAAAUUAAGGCCAUGACUCAAGUGCGCAACACGACCUGGACUGCAUCCGCCAUCCAGCAUGUCCUAGAUUCCAUCUUCAACCCAAACUAUGGGUCGCAGCUGAAUGCCUUGAAGAUCAUAGUUGUGUUGACAGAUGGGGAGAUUUUUUUGGACCCCUUGGACAUAGAAACGGUGAUCAGUUUGACCAGGGAGGCAGGCAUCACACGUUACGCCAUUGGGGUCGGGGAGGCCUUUGAGAAGCCAAAAGCACUGCAGGAGCUGCAGCUGAUCGCCUCCGACCCGGAUGAAAGUCACCUCUUCCGCGUGACAAACUAUUCUGCCCUGGCCGUCCUUCUGUCCAUGCUGCAAGAGAAGAUUAUUGGCAUUGAAGGAACGGAAGGUGCCAUCUUGGAAUUUGAUCUGGCCCAAAGUGGCUUCAGCGUUCACCUCCUGCAAGAGCGCUAUAUACUUUUUGGUGCUGUGGGAGCGUUUGACUGGGCCGGAGGGGUUCUUCUCUACGACAUGGCAGACAAGACCGUGGUUUUCUUGAACGAGUCAAUGGGCACUCCGGGUGCAAGAAACGGCUAUUUAGGCUACAGCGUGGGCGCGAUCGACACGGCACGCGGCACUUUGGUCGUGGCGGGGGCCCCUCGACACAGCAUCAAGGGGAAAGUGAUGGUGUUCGAAGGAGACCGUUUAAAGCAGAUCCUCCAUGGGGAACAGAUUGGGUCCUAUUUUGGCUCCGAGCUCUGCCUGUUGGACAUCGACCUGGAUGGGGUUACAGAUCACCUGCUGGUGGGAGCUCCAUUUUUCCAUAUGCAAGGGGAGGAAGGAAAGGUUUACCUUUAUCGCUUGGAUAGCCAGAAAUCAUGCAUUAAAAUUAGUCCGGUAAGGGCUCUUUCCACGGUCCAUCUCAUGAUCUUUUCCGCGGCAGACCUGAGGACUGAAAUCGCCUUGGUCCUGGACGGCUCUGGGAGCAUCGACCCGCCGGACUUCGAGCGAGCCAGGAAUUUCACCUACAGCUUGGUGAAGACGUCCUACGAGAAGUGUUUGGAGUGCGUCUUCGCCUUGGUUCAGUAUGGAGACAUCAUCCAGACAGAAUUCGACCUGCAAGAGGAGAGGGGCAGCGCCGCCCUGGAAAAAAUUAAGGCCAUGACUCAAGUGCGCAACACGACCUGGACUGCAUCUGCCAUCCAGCAUGUCCUAGAUUCCAUCUUCAACCCAAACUAUGGGUCGCAGCUGAAUGCCUUGAAGAUCAUAGUUGUGUUGACAGAUGGGGAGAUUUUUUUGGACCCCUUGGACAUAGAAACGGUGAUCAGUUUGACCAGGGAGGCAGGCAUCACACGUUACGCCAUUGGGGUCGGGGAGGCCUUUGAGAAGCCAAAAGCACUGCAGGAGCUGCAGCUGAUCGCCUCCGACCCGGAUGAAAGUCACCUCUUCCGCGUGACAAACUAUUCUGCCCUGGCCGUCCUCCUGUCCAUGCUGCAGGAGAAGAUCAUUGGCAUUGAAGGAACGGAAGGUGCCAUCUUGGAAUUUGAUCUGGCCCAAAGUGGCUUCAGCGUUCACCUCCUGCAAGAGCGCUAUAUACUUUUUGGUGCUGUGGGAGCGUUUGACUGGGCCGGAGGGGUUCUUCUCUACGACAUGGCAGACAAGACCGUGGUUUUCUUGAACGAGUCAAUGGGCACUCCGGGUGCAAGAAACGGCUAUUUAGGCUACAGCGUGGGCGCGAUCGACACGGCACGUGGCACUUUGGUCGUGGCGGGGGCCCCUCGACACAGCAUCAAGGGGAAAGUGAUGGUGUUCGAAGGAGACCGUUUAAAGCAGAUCCUCCAUGGGGAACAGAUUGGGUCCUAUUUUGGCUCCGAGCUCUGCCUGUUGGACAUCGACCUGGAUGGGGUUACAGAUCACCUGCUGGUGGGAGCUCCAUUUUUCCAUAUGCAAGGGGAGGAAGGAAAGGUUUACCUUUAUCGCUUGGAUAGCCAGGCCAACAACUUUACUCUACAGAGACAUUUACACAGCCAGCUGGGGUCCCUUUUCUCCAGGUUUGGAUUUGCCAUGGCUAGCAUUGGUGACGUGGACCAGGACGGUUUGGGAGAUGUUGCCAUUGGCGCACCCCUCGAGGACCAUGGGUCGAGCCCCAACUCUUUUGGCAGUGUUUACAUCUUUAACGGCGGCAAGGACGGGUUGCGGGAUCCCUUCUCCCAGAGAAUAACAGCUGCUCAAACCGGUCCGCCUGGACUCAUGUAUUUUGGAAGGUCCGUGGCUGGUGGAUUGGACUUCACCGAGGACAGUCUCCCCGAUAUUAUUGUUGGAUCAUUAGGUUCUGUUACUUUGCUCCGCUCCAGGCCAAUUCUUCGACUGAAACCCACCAUGCACUUUACUCCGGGGAGAAUAGUCUAUUUCGAUGGCGUCGUUACAGCCAGAUUGUGCUUCAAUAGGGUUUCCCCUCCUGGGACCGCGCAGUCAGGGCUGCCCCACCUCCUUCUUCACUACACUGUGGAUUUAGAUGUUGAGAUGGAAAAGAAGAGGGUGCAGUUUGAGGACCAAACAUUCUCCAGCAGCAGCGACACCUCCUACACAGGGGAUUCUUGUCCCGAACUGCAGCUCCACAUCCUGUUGCAAAUUCAUCUGUCUCUUUUCCAACUACAAUAUCAGCCCUGCACUGAUGACUGUUACUCCGACAUUACUCUCCGCCUCACUUACGAGCUUAUGGACCCUGACGGAAAAGUCCUGGACUACCCCAAGCCUAUGCUUGAUAUGUAUCAGAAACCUGAAGUGGAUUUCCAGCUGCCAGUCAUGGAAGACUGUGGUGACAAGUCCAUCUGCACACCUCGCUUGAGCUUAGCUGUUGAAAUGGAGAAGGAGCUGGUGGUUGGCUCCACCAAGGAACUGGCAAUGAAAAUCUACCUGUCCAACAGCGGCGACAACUCCCACAUGACGUCUCUGGUUGUGCAGUACCCUUCAAACCUCCAUUAUAAAAACGUCCAAGAGGUCAUGUCUUUCUUUGAACUUUCCCAGCGUUUAACUGGUCUUCUGUACCCCAAUCUGGGCAGGCUGAAGGGUCUGACGUGGUAUAAGGCACUGUCUCACGCCCCUAGCUAUUUCCUCAGGUGCAUGCUGUAUCAAAAGGGGUUUCUGGGACAUUCUGGAUUGACGGAAGAUUCCUGUUCUGCCCCUCCCCCCAUGUCUCAACAGAUUUCCUCUUCCGUCAUCCACUGUGACGCACCUCAGCCAGUCUCAGUUUUAUUCUCAUCUCUGCGCUGCAAGGUUGGGCAUCCGAUCUUCAAGAAAUCUACCGCAAAUUUUUCAGUGACCUGGCAACUAGAUGGGAAAAAAUUCCCCACAGAAUCCGCUAACUUCAUGCUUAACGUUACCAAUGCCAACAAAAACAGCACAGCCCUGAGAGAAGACCAUUCCCUGGGUGUGAAAUAUGCCAUGAACGCUAUCCUUACCAGGCAGCUUCCAAAUGUGUAUGCGAGCCUGGAUGAAAGAUCCUCCCACAGCACCCAAUUCACCUUUAAUAUCACAGGGAACCAAUUUGGGGCACAGCUUGAGUUGCGGAUCUGGGUCCCUCUCAACAUAGACAACCGCCAGAUUGCAAGCAUAAAGAACGUGGCAGGGGUGCAGAAUACCACUGUGUGCAAAACAGACCUUGGACGCACAGACUCGAAGGACAGCGAGGGAGUUGGAUACCAGCUCGUGAGUUGUACCAUCACAUCGGAGAAGGAGGACGUGGUUGUGACGGCAGAGCUACCUUUAGCCAAUUCCUUACAGGUCUUAGAAAACAGGACUGACUUGCUGGUUCGAGGGGAAAUCGUUUUCGACAGGAACCUUUACGUGGGCCUGAAUGCAGAAAAUUACAAAACAGAGAUCAAGGUGAUUUUGCUGAAGGAGAAAGUGUUUGAUUUCCUUCCCUUCCUCAUCGGCAGCUCUGUGGGCGGCUUGGCGCUGCUGCUGCUAAUUACCACCGUUCUUUAUAAGUGUGGUUUUUUCAAAAGAAAGUACAAAAAUAGGAUUGCAGAGCAGUGCGAUUCCUGAGAACGAAGUGGAGAGAGAUUCUGGAAUGGGACGAUGGGUAACCUUCCUCAGAUGCGCGAGGCACAGUCAGAUUGGACCUCAGCUCCUUUUUAUUCAUGUAUUCCUUGCUGUAGGCUGAAAAUAAACCUUUUGCCCUAG